AUGGUUAAGAUUAAAAACGCAGCGACAGCUUUUAAAGCUUUAAAUGGUGUUAUUUGUGUAUACAAACCGCCUUGUGUGGGUAUUCCAAAAGUACAGCAUAGAAUAGUAACUAGUUUAUGUAGAGAUUUAAAUAAUCUUCCUGAUCGGCCUUUAGAGCAGCGCUUGGAAAUAGUAGGUGCCACAAAUGAGUCAAUGCAAGUGAAAAUAGUACCAAAUUAUGCAGAUGACCCUCUAGUGUGUGGACCACGUUAUAUACAUGAUGAUUUCAAAUGCAGUUGGGCCACACAUUUGGGACUGUUUAGCAGUGGAGUUUUGUUAUUAGGUUUAAAUGAAGGUACAAAACUAACCUAUCAUAUCAAUGUGGGACGACCAACAAGAGCUUUCAAAGUGCACGGACAAUUGGGUAAAGCUACCGACACAUACUUUUGGAAUGGAAAAACAGUAGAACGCACAACAUACAAACAUAUUACUAGGGAGAAGAUCGAUAGAGUUGUAGCUCAUAUGCAGGCAGCCCAUCAAAGAACCAUGUACCAGUUGUCUGGUUUACACAUGGAAUCUGAAACUACUUAUGAAUUAGCAUCAAAAGGCUUAAUAAGACCAGCAAACAGUAAAUUACCUGUAAUAUACGGAUUAAAAUGUGUUCAUUUCAAACCACCAAACUUUACUCUAGAGGUGCAAUCAAUAAAUGAAUAUGAUAAGUAUUUAUGGACACUAGUUCAUGACCUUGGUGUACAAUUAAAGGCAUCAGCAUAUUGUACAGGUGUUCAAUGUAUUAGACAAGGGAAGUUUACACUUGACCAUGCCUUGUUGCGUAAACACUGGAAACUAGAACACAUUUUAGAUAACAUGGACCAGUGUCGCCAAGUAUUAGAAGAAAAUGAAGCUCUCUUAAAUCAAAGAUCCACACACCUUAACUAG